CAGCCAAGCCGUUGUGUUACUUUACUCGUCGGUUGAAUGACUGUGGAAUGUGGAUGACAAAAUCACUAUUUCCACUGUAUGUAUGUAUGUAGAUCACAGAGACCUCAAAUAGUUCUUCAAUCAUCCGAUCGCUUGUAAGCGUUGCUUUUGGUAGUUGGUGAAUGUGAUUGGUUAAUGUGUUGACCGUUGAGCAACUUCAGUGUUGAGCUGAGUUUGUACUUUGUACAAUAAUUAUGGACGGUAAUAAGGAUGAGGCAAUGAAAUGCAUCGGCAUUGCGAAAGAGGCGAUUGCAUCUGGCAACAAGGAGCGUGCGCUGAAGUUUAUUGGCAUUGCACAACGGUUAAAUCAUAAUUUAUCUGUAGAUGAUCUUUUGGCGGCGUGUAAAAAUCUUGAUUCCGCGAAUCCGAGUCCAUCGGAUGGUAGAAAUAAUGUUGCAAGUAACCGUGUAGAUCCCAAGCAGGAUGAAGGUGUGAAAGGAGAGCCGAGUUAUACCGAAGAACACGUUCAAGUGGUUCGUAAAAUCAAAAGUAGCACGGAUUAUUAUGAGAUUUUGGGUGUUGGUAAAAGUUGUUCUGUUGAGGAGGUUAAGAAGGCUUACAGGAAGCUGUCGUUGAAAGUUCAUCCUGAUAAGAACAAAGCUCCUGGAUCCGAGGAAGCUUUUAAGAAAGUUGGCAAGGCGUUUAAGUGUCUGAGUGAUGAUAACUCAAGAAGACAGUAUGAUCAAACAGGUUUCGUCGAGGGAGACGAGUACGGUCAGCAGUAUAAUCAUAUGAGACGAAGAAGAAGAACAGGACACAAUAUGUUUGAGGAUGAUUUUGAUGCUGAUGAAAUCUUUAGGUCGUUUUUUGGUCAGGGUGAUAUGUUUCGUACAGCUCAUGUGUACAGAACCAGACGGGCGGCAGCAGGUGGUCAGCAUACUGGUGAUGGUGGCGGUGGUGGGACCAAUCCUAAUAUGAUGUUACUUCUUCAACUUUUACCGUUUUUGCUUAUCGUAUUGCUCGCGUGUCUCCCGUUUUCAGAGCCUGAAUAUUCAUUACAAAGGAACUAUACUUAUCAGUUUUCUAAGAUGACCAAGGAAUAUGGAGUGGAGUUUUACGUGAAAUCAUCUGAUUUUGAUCAGAAGUAUCCACUUGGUUCGCCUGCAAGAGUUAAUAUUGAAAAUAGUGUGUUCAAAGAUUACAAAAAUAUGCUGUGGCGUUAUUGCCAUGUGGAAAUGCAGAGGCGCUCAUGGAGCAGAAACUUGCCAACCCCUCACUGUGACAAACUUGAAAGUUUGGGAAUAGCAUGAAGAGAACUUAUUUAAAGUCGAUAGAUGGAGAACUAUUCUUCCAUUGGCAGUGAUUUCUGAGUUCAACUGGCUGGUGAACUUUUGAGAAUCGGGUUUAUUUCCUAUAUUUUAUAGCCCGGCUCUGCGAUGUUUGAUUUUAGCACGGGUGUAGUAGCAUUUGUGUAAAGAUAUACUACUGUCGCUGACAGGUUAGUUUUUUGAGAAAAAGUAUUAUGAGAGGAUAUGAUCAUAUAACAGAACAGUGUUUUAAAAAUAAGUGUCCUUAAUUAUCAGCUGAUAACCAGGAGGAAUGCUUGUUUGAUCUUCCAAAUGA